GCUCUCCUUAGAGAAACCUCACUCCAUCUGAAAGAAUGGCUCCAGCCUACACUACUGACUACUCAAAACUUUCCAACAAGGAAAAGCAUAAAUUGCGUAAACCUGCUGUGGAGAAGAUGCGCAGAGAUCGCAUCAACAACUGCAUCGAGCAGCUCAAAACAAUUCUGGAGAAGGAAUUCCAGCAGCAAGACCCCAACACCAAGCUGGAGAAAGCUGACAUUCUGGAGAUGACUGUGGUCUUCCUGAAACAGCAGCUGCAGCCCAAGACCUCAGCAGCUCCACAGAAAGCACAUUUUGACGGCUACUCCCAGUGUUGGAGGGAGACCAUGAACUUCCUGUCUGUCAACUCCAAGGUGGACACAGUAUGUCAACAUCUGAACCACUGCCAGGAAGCCCAGAGAUCUGCUGAAGAUCUCACUCACCUGUCUCCAGCAUCCCAUCAACCCACCAAGGUCACAGUGAAGCAGGAACCAGGUGCUCUCAGACCUCUCUGGAGACCUUGGUAGAGACACCAAGCUCAAAGACUUUUCCAUGUAAACUAGAUGGUUCUUAUGUUGGAGUUAUUUCCUUUUUAUGUCAAUUUAAGUUAUUUCUUUUGAAAGAGGAAGUUUUUAUGGUACAGCUAUUUCACAUUGAGUGAAUUUGUUGGAAGAAAAUGUGUUUCACAAUGUGAAAGCAUAAUCUUCUGCAUAUGAUUUUAUAGAUGUGAUCAUAUGUAACAUGCAUCUAUGGUUUCCUCAUGGAUGGACGUUGAUUUGUAUAAGUAAUCUUCACAGUGAAGAGUCAAGAGAUGACUUUUUAACUCCUGUGGAGUUGGAAGUAUUUAUUUGCAAUGAUUUCACAUAUGCUAUCUCUUUGCUUUUUAAAGGCAAAAUGUUAUUGUUCCUUCUUAUGAAGAAUGUGAGUCUUCACUUGUUAAUAAUAUAUAUUAUAUGAUGACAGAUGUCAAAGUGUGUGAACAUACUGUCACAAA